AUCAGGAAACAAACUCAUGAGUUCCGCGGGAUUUUUGUUUUUCUACAACAAACAGUUUGAGCUGUGCGUCUCUCCCUCCUAGAUGAGUGUUGUUUUCUCAGUCCUACUCGGACUUUGAGAGCUCUCCGCACCUCCCAUCGGCUCCGUCACUUAAUCGCGGUCCUCGUCGUGUAACGACCGUGUGUUUCUGUUCUGUUUUGUUUGGGCGGUUGGUCAGAUUUCCUCACAAGAAAAUGUCAGCUGAUCAAGACGAGACGCGCCAGUGUGAGGCGCCACGUUGACUUCUUCUCUCAUCUGAUGUGGCGUGUUGGAUUUCAGAGGCUGAAGGCAGCGGUGCACUUCACCGUGGGUCGUCUGUGUCAGAAGCUGGGAGAGAACCACCGGAGGGUGUUCAGUCGACAAGCCAUCGCGGCGAUAGCCGAGACGACAUUCAGACAGUGUGAUAUAUUUGCCAAGGACCUGGAGGCAUUUGCAAGGCAUGCCAAAAGAAGCACAGUGUCUACAGAAGAUGUAAAGCUCGUAGCCCGGCGCAGUACUGCAUUGUCCAUCUACAUACAAAAUAAAAGUGAGGAACUGAACCAGGAGCAGAGGGAAUUGAAAAAGAAGAAUACAGGGAAGAGGAAGAGCAGAGACACGGAGGAGGAAAGCAGAGAAUAAAGGACAAGACACAGGCAGACCUGCAGUGUCUCACUUUGAGCUCAACAUUCAAAUAAACAUGAAGGCUGACUAAUACAUGACAGUAAGUUGAGUGUCAUCAAAAGUGCCAGUCAUUCUUUCAAGCAGUAGUUCAAUGUUUCUUCACUAAAUAACUGUUACCUGUUCAGGGACCUGCAGCGUCAGGUUAAAGUGCAUUUGGCACUGGUUUGACGAAGGAAAAUUAUCAUGUAUUAACAAGUUUAUUUUGUUAAUGCAUUGCCAGAAUUUCACUAUUAAGUCUAAAAAUGACUUAAUAAUAAUUUAAUAAAAAAAGACUUGGACCGCAAUUGUCUACCUUGCAUGUUUGUCCUGCGUAAGAAUGUCAAUUUCAUGCCUUUCUACACUCAGGGAAACCUUGACACAGUUAAGACUGUCAGUUAAACUAUCAACAAUGUUCAAGGCCGUCUAAAGAAGACCCCCCCCCCC